AUGCGAGUCUUCCGGUCCCUUCUAUGCAGCAUAAUCCUUUGCAUGACGCUCGUUCAAGCGUCGCUGGUCGACGACAUCAUCAACGGUAUUAAGAAUGGUGCAAGCUGCGCUGGUUGUCAUGGUCUCCUGGUCCCCCUCAAGCUGCUUGCAAGGCUAGGCGACCGGCCCUUUGUUGGAACCUUGUCGGCCAUCUGCAAGGCGCUGCCGACAUUCGAUACAGACAUUUGCGAGGGCACAGUGAGAACUCAGGCACCGAUCAUUGCCCAUAACCUGCGCAACAUCAACCCCGUUGGCGACACGGCUAGAAAACUUUGCGACGGUCUCCUUGGUCUCUGCCAGGCCCCUAAAGUGAACCCAUAUCGAGUAUCAUUCCCCAAGCCACUUCCUGCUACCCCGAAGACCUUCGUCUCGACAGGAAAACCGACCUUCAAGGUCGUGCAUUUCACUGAUAUCCAUGUCGACAGAAACUACACGGUUGGAGCGGAUACGGUCUGCACGAAGCCUAUCUGCUGCAGGCACUGGGAUGACCAAAGCGGCCCAAUUGCCAAUCCAGCGGGCCCGAUGGGUAGCCGCAACUGCGAUACGCCCCCAGCACUGGCUCAGCAUUUCCUAAAGACCAUCAGCGCCGACAACAAGUUCUCCAUUUUUACCGGCGAUGUCAUAGAAGGUUGGGAAAACCACUCCUUUAUUUCAGGCGUGGCUGACGUUCGAUGCUUCAUCACCCACGAGAUCCGGUUGUUCAACGAUGAAAUUGCUACGCUGCCUGCUGUGCCCGUCUAUGCUGCGGUUGGAAACCAUGAGGGUGCCCCAACCAACGCUUUCCCGAGGGAUACGACCAAAUCAACCAACAAUCAAUGGUUGUUCGACACUUUGAGUGAAGGAUGGGAGCCUAUUAUCGGGCCUGCUGCAGCCCAACAGGUUAGACAUGGAUCGGGAAGUUAUGCCGUUGUUGUACCUGGUACCAAUCUCAGGCUCAUCUCGAUCAAUACGGUCUACUGGUACAAGCUCAACUUUUGGCUUUACGACAGCGACAAGGCCCACCGUCGCCUCCGAGCGGAUGCUAACGCGUCGCGAACUUCCAGGCCUGAUCCCAACGGUGUCCUUUCAUUCAUCGUUUCUCAGCUGCAAGCUGCUGAGGAUGCUGGUCAACGGGCCUGGCUUGUUGGCCACAUCCCUCCAGGCGGCAAGAACGACGUCCUGAAUGACCAGUCGAACUACUUUGACCAGAUCCUGCAGCGCUACCACCACGUCAUCGCAGGCCAAUUUUACGGGCACACCCACUAUGACGAAUUCAUGGUCGGGUAUUCGGAUAACAACAGACGCAGUGCGGACACUGCUAUCGCUGCUGCCCUCGUUGCCCCCGCAUUUACUCCUCGCAAUAGCAACCCUGGCUUCAAGGUCUACGAGGUUGACCCUGACACCUACGAGGUUAUGGACUACAAGGUUUACCGAACUGAUACCACCACUCCGGACUUCCAAAUUGAACCCAAAUGGGAACUCUCGUACUCUGCCCGCGAGACGUAUGGUCGUUUCGUACCAGAACUCCAACCCCAGGACUCUCUCAACCCCGCAUUCUGGCAUCGACUGACUGAAGCUUUCGAAAAUGACGACGCUGCAUUCGAAACUUUCCAGAAACUCAAGCUAGGACCUGGCGUUGAGCCUGCUCCUUGCGAUGCGGAAUGCAAGGAAAUCACUAUCUGCGAUAUCCGAGCCAUGAGAAACGAGCAUCUUUGCACCGCUUCAAGGCCCGGCAUCAACUUCCGACGCAGCCUCGACUCGGAUGGUCAUGUCGGCCACGGCGAUCACGAUGAUUGCCAAGGUGCCGGACUCAACGCUAUCUUCCAAGCUGCUACUACGGGAGCGACCGAACUCGACUGGGAUGCCAUCCGGAAGGAGCUCGAGGCCAUCAUCCCUGAUUCUGCUUAA